GCGGGAGCCGCCCCGGCCGCAGCCGCCGCCGCCAUGGCGAUCAAGUUCCUGGAGGUCAUCAAGCCCUUCUGCGUGAUCCUGCCCGAGAUCCAGAAGCCCGAGCGCAAGAUCCAGUUCAAGGAGAAAGUGCUGUGGACCGCCAUCACCCUCUUCAUCUUCUUAGUCUGCUGCCAGAUUCCUCUGUUCGGGAUCAUGUCUUCAGACUCCGCCGACCCUUUCUACUGGAUGCGGGUCAUUCUGGCCUCUAACAGAGGGACGCUCAUGGAGCUGGGAAUUUCUCCCAUCGUCACGUCCGGCCUCAUCAUGCAGCUCUUGGCCGGAGCCAAGAUCAUCGAAGUCGGCGACACGCCCAAGGACCGCGCGCUCUUCAACGGGGCCCAGAAGCUGUUCGGCAUGAUCAUCACCAUCGGGCAGUCGAUCGUGUACGUCAUGACCGGCAUGUACGGGGACCCCUCCGAGAUGGGCGCCGGCAUCUGCCUGCUGAUCACAAUCCAGAGGCUUGCCCGUGGCCUCACCCCUUUGCUCCCGGCCUCACCUCUUUGUUCCCGGCCUCACCCCAUUGCUCCCGGCCUCACCCCUUUGCUCCCGGCCUCACCCCUUUGCUCCCGGCCUCACCUCUUUGCUCCCGGCCUCACCCCUUUGCCCGGCGCUCUGCCCCCAGGGAUGGAGUUCGAAGGCGCCAUCAUCGCGCUCUUCCACCUCCUGGCCACCCGCACGGACAAGGUGCGCGCCCUCCGCGAGGCCUUCUACCGCCAGAACCUGCCCAACCUCAUGAACCUCAUCGCCACCAUCUUCGUGUUCGCCGUGGUCAUCUACUUCCAGGGCUUCCGCGUGGACCUGCCCAUCAAGUCCGCGCGCUACCGCGGCCAGUACAACACGUACCCCAUCAAGCUCUUCUACACCUCGAACAUCCCCAUCAUCCUGCAGUCGGCCCUGGUCUCCAACCUCUACGUCAUCUCCCAGAUGCUGUCCGCCCGCUUCAGCGGGAACCUGCUCGUCAGCUUGCUGGGCACCUGGUCGGACACGUCCUCGGGGGGCCCGGCCCGCGCCUACCCGGUGGGCGGCCUCUGCUACUACCUGUCCCCUCCGGAGUCGUUCGGGUCGGUGCUGGAGGACCCCGUGCACGCCGUGGUCUACAUCGUGUUCAUGCUGGGCUCCUGCGCGUUCUUCUCCAAGACCUGGAUCGAGGUCUCGGGCUCCUCCGCCAAGGACGUCGCCAAGCAGCUGAAGGAGCAGCAGAUGGUCAUGCGGGGCCACCGGGAGACGUCCAUGGUCCACGAGCUCAACCGGUACAUCCCCACGGCGGCGGCCUUCGGCGGGCUGUGCAUCGGGGCGCUGUCGGUGCUGGCCGACUUCCUGGGCGCCAUCGGCUCGGGCACGGGCAUCCUGCUGGCCGUCACCAUCAUCUACCAGUACUUCGAGAUCUUCGUCAAGGAGCAGAGCGAGGUCGGCAGCAUGGGGGCGCUGCUCUUCUGAGCCUCCGCGCCCGGCCUCCCCGCCCGGCCUCCGCGCCGCCCCAGCCCCCCCACCCCCAAUGCCACGCGUGUUUUGCAGUUUUCCGCAAAUCCGCCUCUUCAUUCCGGCGCGUCGCCAGGAAGACGAGCCCCCGGGGGGCGGCCUCCACGACCCUCCCUCCCCGGGGGGCCGGCCUCGACACCCGCGGGCGGCCUCGACACUUGGGAGGCUGUAAGGGUGGGGACUGUUCUGUCCACCGUGGGAGGCCCAGGCGGUGUGUCAGUCUGUCUGUCUGUCUGUCUGCCGGGCCUCGGGUCACUCGUGUUCUGGGGACACGGGACUGGCGUGGUGGCGGCACACGCGCGUGUGUGUGUGUCCUCCCGUGUUCACUCCGUGGCCUCCGACUGCUUCUCUCUCUCUCUCCACGGAGCCGGCCUCCCUGCCUCCCUUUGGCUCCUGCUGUUCGAGACAGGGCCGCUCAUGCGCCCUCUGUCGCCCCCGGGGGUUUCUCCUCACAGCUGCCUCCGGUUCCGAGGCUCAGGCGAGCCUCCCGCCUCGGCCUCCCUCCCGAGUAGCUGGGACGACAGGCGUGCGCCUCCAUGCCCGGCUAGUUUAUU